AUGCAUUGCAAAAAGAAAAAGAUAAAACGGCAAGAUGUAGUCUACGAUAACACGGACAGAGAUUUGAUACCAAAACGUGGAUAUUACUCGGAAUUGGUGUCCGAUAUGACUAAGGAACAUACAGCGAAACAAGUAUUUGCUAAGAAAAGAAUGAAACUUUUAUUACAAGCAAAAACAGAUAAACUAGCGCCAAUGGUAACAUCAUUGGCCAAACCUCAAAAACCUAAGCUGUUACUACCUCCAGGAAGGUGGACUACUUACAGUGAAGAUGAUAGUGUUAAAAUGUUAAGAGAACGUGGUGUACAACCUUUUGUUUUAAUGCCUCCAUCCGAAUAUCCUGUUUCGGAUGAAGAAUAUUAUGGUCUAUAUAGUCCUUAUCCAAAAAUGGACCUGGAAUUAUUUGAUAACACCGAUUUUGAUUGUAGAAUUCCAGAAGAAUGGCUGAGCCUUGGUUUUAUAGAAGGUGAACAAUAUCCCUGUCCAGGGCUAGCCUUUAUACCAAAACAAGAUGGAAAGCCCCAUAAACCGUCUUCAGACCUUUUGCAAAUGCUUAACAAUUUGUAUGAGGCUGAACUCUUAUACAGAAAAAUCGAGGGUAAGAUGAAAAUCAUUCACACGAUGCAGAUGUACCCGAAUUUAUAUAACUUCAUUGAUCCUCCGAGCAAAGACUAUGUAGCUCCUGUUCCAGAUUACGGUCGCUAUCCAUGUGAUAUGGUAGAUUUCGAUGAUCGUAUGAAGUUUAAUCAGUGGAAAUCUCUUUACGUACUCACGGAGUCUGUCAGUUGUAUACAUUUGGUUGUGGAGGAGUGUCUUAAGGUGGAGGGUAUGUUGUUUUUUACGUCCAACUAUGGCAGAAACGUAAGUCUUGCGGAGUUUGACGCAGCUCAACAGCAUUGCACCUCAAUGUACCCGCUAAGAUAUUGUUUGGAGCAAUCGAUGGCCAUGUUCGUAGCCCUGUGCGAGACACCGUGUCUUUGCACAUAUUGGUGCGAAGAUGAUUAUGAAUGGGACCCAAAAGAUCUCAUAAACACUCCGUUUAGAACUCCUACUACAUUGGUAACUUGGUUUGAUCUUCUUCUUCUACCUGGCAAUUUCGCGGUUAUAGCCAGCCUUAUAUGUUGUGACUAA